CCCGGGACUUUCCGCGCACGCCGCCAGGCCUGCCGGUCUUCCCUCCCACGGAGACUCCUGGGCAACGGGACACCGAGAGUCUCAGGCUGAGACCAGACCCUGGACAGCGCGCUCGAUGGCUGCCCUACUCUGGCUGGCGGCAGCGCUGCUGCUGCUUGCCGACUGGCUGCUGCUGCGGCCCGGACUCCCGGGAUUCUUCUCCUUGCUGGUUCCGGGGAUGCCGCUGCUCCGGAUCUGGGCGGUGGGCCUGAGUCGCUGGGCCAUCCUGGGGAUGGGGGUCCGCGGGAUCCUCGGGUUCACCACGGGAGCCCAUGGAUGGAUGACCGCUUUGCAGCCGCUGACAGCAGCGCUGGGUUUAGCCCAGCCGGGACUUGCCUCUUUCCGAGAGCUGGCCUCCUGGGGAGCACUCGGGAAGGGUGACAACGUCAGAGUACUGCACUGGGGCAGUCGCCUCGACGCGUUCGUUCUCAGUUAUGUGGCAGCACUGCCCGCAGCCGCCCUAUGGCACAAACUGGGGAGCCUCUGGGCGCCCAGCGGCCGCAGGGGCGCUGGAGACGUGGUGCUUCGGCUACUAGGUUUCCUGGGUUCGGAGAGGCGUCGCCUCCACCUGGUUCUGUUUCUCUUGAUCCUCUCCUGUCUCGGGGAAAUGGCCAUUCCGUUUUUCACCGGCCGCAUCACUGAUUGGAUUCUUCAGGACAAGACAGCUCCUAGCUUCACUCGAAACAUCUGGCUCAUGUCCAUUCUCACCAUAGCCAGUACAGUGCUGGAGUUUGCUGGCGAUGGCAUCUACAAAAUCACCAUGGGCCACAUGCACAGCCGUGCACAUGGAGAGGUGUUUCGGGCUGUUCUUCACCAGGAGACAGGGUUUUUCCUGCAGAACCCAGCAGGUUCUAUCACAUCUCGGGUAACCGAGGACACAUCCAAAGUGUGUGAGUCUAUUAGUGACAAGUUGAACCUACUGAUGUGGUACCUGGUGAGAGGCCUGUGUCUCCUGGCGUUCAUGUUUUGGGGGUCACUGUACCUCACUCUGGUCACCCUGGCCACCCUGCCCCUGCUUUUUCUUCUACCUCAGAAGCUGGGAAAAGUGUACCAGUCACUGGAAAUGAAGGUGCAGGAGUCUCUAGCGAAGUCCACGCAGGUGGCCAUUGAGGCCCUGUCAGCAAUGCCUACAGUGCGGAGCUUUGCCAACGAGGAGGGAGAGGCCCAGAAGUUUAGGCAGAAACUGGAGGAAAUGAAGAUACUCAACAAGAAGGGGGCCUUGGCCUAUGUAGUUGAAGUCUGGACCAUGAGUAUCUCGGGAAUGCUGCUGAAGGUGGGAAUCCUGUACAUUGGCGGGCAGCUGGUGGUCAGAGGGGCUGUGAGCAGUGGGGACCUUGUCUCCUUCGUUCUCUACCAGCUGCAGUUCACCAGUGCUGUUGAGGCUCUGCUCUCCAGCUAUCCUUGGAUGCAGAAGGCUGUGGGCUCCUCAAAGAAAAUAUUUGAAUACCUGGACCGGAGUCCUUGCUCUCCACUCAGUGGCUCUUUGGAGCCCUUAAACAUGGAAGGUCUUGUUGAGUACCAAGACGUCUCCUUUGCCUAUCCGAACCAUCCAGAUGUCCAGGUGCUUCAGGGGCUGACGUUCACGCUGCAUCCUGGAAAGGUGACAGCAUUAGUGGGACCCAAUGGGUCAGGGAAGAGCACUGUGGCUGCCCUGCUGCAGAAUCUGUACCAGCCCACGGGGGGGCAGCUGCUGCUGGACGGACAGCCCCUGGUCCAGUAUGAUCACCACUACCUGCACACUCAGGUGGCCGCGGUGCUACAAGAGCCGCUGCUAUUUGGAAGAAGUUUUCGAGAAAAUAUUGCCUAUGGCCUUAUCCGAAAUCCAACCAUGGAGGAAAUCACAGCUGUGGCCAAGGAGUCUGGAGCCCAUGAUUUCAUCUCUGGACUUCCUCAGGGCUAUGACACAGAGGUGGGUGAGACUGGGAACCAGCUGUCAGGGGGUCAGCGACAGGCAGUGGCCUUGGCCCGAGCUUUGAUUAGAAAGCCACGCCUGCUUAUCUUGGAUGAUGCCACCAGUGCUCUGGACGCCAACAACCAGCUACGGGUCCAGCGGCUCCUGUAUGAGAACCCAGGGCGGGCUUCUCCAACUGUGCUGCUAAUCACCCAGCAGCUCAGCCUGGUGAAGCAGGCUCACCACAUCCUGUUUCUCAAAGACGGCUCUGUCUGCGAGCAGGGCACCCACCUGCAGCUCAUGAAGAAGAGCGGAGGGUGCUACCGGGCCAUGGUGGAGGCUGUUGUGGCUCCUUCAGACUGACAGGCCUCUGGACCUACUGUCCUCCUGCACUAUCUUCUGCUCUGUGUGGCGAAGAACCUGGGAGCAAAGAUAUUGCCACACCCAUUGACCAAGUGUUGGUCACAAGAUAAAAUGUAACAUCUAGGAAAUGCCUGGACUUUGCGGUGAAUGUUAUCCCCACCCCAGCCCCUUAGUUAGAGUGGGUUUCAGGUACCCCAGGCUGACCUUGAACUCUCUUGCCUCCACCCUCCUGGUGUUGCUCUGGUAUCACAGCACCGACAAACCUGGCUUAUGCGGUGCUGGGAAUGGAACCGAUGAGAAGCAACUCUCACAAUGAAGCAGGUUGUAAUUAACCAAAGGUACAGGCUGGCUUAUGGACAACAAUCCGUGGGCUCUUGGUAUUUAUAAUAAAACUGGUGUUUUGUACUGUG